AUGUGCCGGCAUGUGCGUUUUUAUUCCUCACUGUUGCUGCUCCUCUGCAUGAUGUUGAUUUGCUUCAGCAGCAGUGGUGUUGCGGCCGGUGACCAAGAGGAUGUUUCGGGCCCAUUUGACGGGAUGACACCGAUAGCUGGUGCUAAAUGGGAAGAAAUUGAAGUGUCUGGCGCAUCCGUCACUUCGCUGCGUGUUCCCAGCCUUGUGAGGGUUGGGGAUGAUGUGUUUGCCGUUGCUGAGGCUCAGUGCAAGAAGGAGGAAGAGGACAGCAGCUUCACUGGCAUCGUGUCGGUGCCCCUCAAUCAAAUUGAUGAUGCUGCAAUGGAGAUCCCGACGACAGACGCAAGUGUCUUUUGCACACAAUUUGAGGAGACAAGUGGUGCGGCUAGCGGCAAGGCAACAAAGAUAAUGCAACCAACCACAAUGGCAGUUGGCAGCGAUGUCUACAUGUUGCUUGGAAACUACAGCCGCACAGAGUCUGAACCUCAAGGUUCCGGUAAAGAUGGCUUGGGGCUGUUGCUGGUGAAGGGAACAGUCAGUAGAAAUAAUGAAGGAACAAAGAGAAUCCAAUGGGAUAAGACUGCCGUAUUGAAUCUUGAGACCAAGGGACUUCAUGGGUCUUUGACUCGGUUGGUUGGUGGCGGAGGGUCGGGUGUUGUGAUGAGUGACGGCACGCUUGUGUUUCCCAUGCGGGCAACAGACAAAGGAAAGGACGUUUUGUUGUCCAUACGUUUCACCCCGUCAGAGAAGAAAUGGGAGCUUCCACAGGGUACGACCGGUGAGGGCUGCAGGGAUCCAUCCAUCGCGGAGUGGAAGGAGAAAAGCCUCCUCAUGAUGGCUCACUGUGGGCAAGGCUUUUACGAUGUUUACAAGGGUUUGGCGGCUGGUAGAAGUUGGCUCACGAUGCGUGAGCCGAUUUCUCGCGUGUGGGGCACCUCACUGAAGCGUCAAGGAGGGAACGGCGUCCGGAGCGGCUUCGUCGCUGCAGACAUCGAUGGAGAGAAGGUGAUGCUGCUUACCACGCCGGUGUAUUCUGAGGAGAAGGGAGAGGGCCAGCUGCAUCUUUGGGUGACAGACAAUGCCCGUGUACAUGACCUUGGGCCGGUAUCUCGUGCAGGCGAUAACGCUGCCGCCAGCUCCCUGCUUUACAGAGCCGCGAAGGAGUUGAUUUUACUGUACGAGAAGAAGAAUGAAGAUUCAUACAGUCUUGUCGCCAUGAACCUGACUGAGCAGCUGGAACCGAUACAGAACAUGGUGAAGGCCUGGAAAGAAAUGGACACCGCACUAACAAACUGCGCUUCCACUGGCACUGUUGACCUGGGAAUAAAGAAUGUGUGUAAGGGCCCUAUUCCCACGGAAGGGCUGGUUGGCGUUUGGUCCAACAGUUUGGAAGGGACUGUGUGGAAGGACGAGUACCUCGGCGUGAACGCAACCGUAACAGAUGGAGUGACAAGCGAGGAGUGGGGUGUGAGGUUCAAAGGCGCAGCAGCGGGGGCGGAGUGGCCGGUGGGCAGCAAGGGGCAGAACCAGCCGUACUACUUUGCGAACAACAAGUUCGCUCUUGUGGUGACGGUGAUGAUUAACGCGGUGCCGGAGGCAGAGACUCCUGUUCCUUUGAUGGGUGUGAGGAUGAAUAACACAGAAGGCACUGCGCUCUUUGGUCUGUCGUACACGAGGGACAAUAAGUGGGAAUUUCGGGGGGGUCGCAGAGUCAUCAAAAAGUCUACGGAAACGUGGGAGGUAAACAAAACAUAUCAGGUGGUGAUGGAAAUGGAUGAAAACGAGUGGUAUGUGCACGUCAAUGGGAAGGAGAUUCAUGAAGGGAAGUACAAUGCCACUCUGUUCAGGUCGCACCGGAUCUCGCACUUUUACUUUGGCAGCGACAAGAAAGAAGUUGGGGUCAACAGCCACGAUUUGACGGUGUCCAGCGUCCUGCUGUACAACAAAUUACUUCGAAAUGAUGAUGAGAUCGAGCAACUUAGUGCCAGCAAAUUUACUUUUCCGCAGCCUGGUGCCGAGGAAACA